AUGCAAGAAGAACGCGGUAGAUCUGCAUACAAACCGAAUUGCAAUGGCCUUUCCAGCUAUUACAGAGAACGAUUCGGAAGCCAUUCUCCAGAAGUAUACAUGAACCUACGCAUCUCUGGGUUUGACGACCAUUUGGAGCGGGAUGCCAUCAAAAAAUGUUUAACGCAUGAAUUGAAAAAGUUUGCACCUUUUGAAAUAAAAGUUGUGAAAAACCCAGAGGAAGAUGAACGUCUCGCUUACGUCAAUUUCGAACGUAACGACUGCGCCCGGAAAGUGAGAUACAAUUUGAUGGAAAGAUUGAAAGGGGUUCUCGGGGAAAACGUGCAAUGCGAUCCAGCCGGUAUUCUUCGCGAUCAGGAAGGAAAGUAUAUUCCGGACCGAUUCAAUCGAGCACAAGGGGACAGGAAGGAUAACGGGUCCGGAGGAUCUAGUGGGAAUCGCAAUCGGCCAUCAAAAGAGCCUCAAACUUGGAGACUUAAGAAAGAUGACGAUGAAGCAACGCGAACUCUUUUUGUUGGUAAUAUGCCGUCAGAUGUUAAAGAGCGCGAAAUCCGUUCUAUCUUUGAAAAAUACGGAAAAGUUGAAGAAGUCGACAUCAAGACCCCAAUCAAUACUGAUGCCGCGUACGCUUUCGUCAUGUUUCAGACUGUGGAUCAAGCUAUUCGAGCUAAACAACACGAGCAAGACAAUUCGAUAAGAAGUCAGGGUUCACGAAUGAAGAUCGGCUACGGAAAGAGUCAAGUAUCCAGAAAACUGUUCGUGGGAGGUCUAGGAGAUUGGUGCCACACUGAUACUCUACAGAAGGCAUUUGGGAAAUACGGAAGCAUUGAGUCUAUUGAGUUGAACAGUAGAGACCAAUUCGCCUAUAUUCUCUUCGAAAGUACUCAUGUAUCCCAAGAAGCAUGGAAAGCUCUACGCAACGUCUCGAUUGCAAGAGGAACGCCGCCAAUAGUCGUAGACUACGCGAAAGAUUCAACUGCUCAUUCCGAGAAACAACAAUUCAGGAAACGAAGAGCUUCGAAAUCGCCUGUUGGAGCAAACGUCCAACGGACUCCGCCAAGUUCCCCUAAAGAUGUUGUUCGAAAUUUCGAAGAGCUAGAUGCCACGUAUGCACCAACAUGGAGUGGAAAGAUGGCUUUGAAGAAAACCGACUAUCCUGUGAAAUUCUAUCGUGUUCACGGAGCCGAACGUUUAGUUGUGAAGCUACUUCGAGACGAAGAUGAUGCUCCACUCAGAUUACUUAUAACGCAAAGAUUAAGCUUAUGUUCGCAAGACCUGUUGUUCGGCAAAUUAACAUCCUGCAAUUCGAAAGAAAUAAGUCUUGGAGUAAUCACUGGAAAGAAAGAUCUAGACGACCUUCAGCCACUUGUCAAUUACUUCACUAAUAAGGAAGCGGCAGGUGUUGUGACCGUACCUGGAGGCAUACUGUACAUUUUCCCAUUCUGCGAGUUCGCUCUCAAACUACUCGCCGAAUUCUGUCCCCAAGUUCAUGUGUUCAACGAGAACUGCCCAUUCUUGCUUGGCGCUCUUGCCGUUCGAUCAACUGAUUAA